AUGGGUGCUCCUAAGCAGAAGUGGACAUCAGAAGAAGAAGCUGCUCUUAAGGCUGGAAUAGCUAAGUAUGGGGCAGGCAAAUGGAGCACAAUACUAAAAGACCCACAGUUCAGCACUAUUUUGCGUUCGCGUUCUAAUGUAGACCUUAAGGAUAAAUGGAGAAAUAUGAAUGUGAUGGCCAGUGGAUGGGGGUCUCGCCAAAGGGCUAGGCUUGCAAUUAAAAGCAAUCAGGUGACUCCCAAGCAUGAUGAGAACUCCACAACUCAUAGCCCGCCAGUAGAAGAAAUUGUUCAUGCUAGGCCUGUUGAAAUAUCUGGAGGACCAUUGGAAAAUGGUUCUGAUGCUGCACCUGUUGCAAGCUCUCAUGAAGCAAUGCAAAAUGUUGUUUAUGAUGUUAAACCUCUUGCAACAUCUCAGGGACCACUGCAACGUGUUGGUUCUAAGAAGCCAAUUUCAAGGUUGGAUAAUCUUAUAUUGGAGGCUAUAACCAAUUUGAAGGAACCUCAUGGUUCUAAUCGGACUGCAAUUGCCAUGUACAUAGAGGAGCAAUACAUGGCACCCCUGAAUUUUGAAAGGCUGUUGGCGACAAACUUAAAACUUCUGACAGAAAAUCGAAAGCUUAUUAAGGGUGUUGCCAAGCCAGGUUGCUUGGUGCAAUCUGCAUUCAGCCUAGGUGUUCCAUGGCAGUUGGGGAAGGUAAAGCAUCAGUACAGGAUUGCACCAAGGUUAACAUCAUUUGAUGUAAGAAGAGAUUCUUCCCCGCCACAAGAGGGAAAGCAGAAGGAUUCUCCAAAAGUUGAGACAAACAAGAUAAAAAUUCUCACUAAAGCCCAGAUUGAUGCUGAGCUAGAGAUGAUGAGGAACAUGACUGCGGAGGAGGCUGCUGCAGUGGCUGCACAGGCAGUUGCAGAGGCAGAAGCUGCAAUUGCGGAGGCUGAAGAGGCAGCAAGGGAAGCGGAGGAAGCAGAAGCUGAGGCAGAAGUGGCAAAAUGUUUUGCUGAAGCAGCAACAAAGGCAUUAAAGUGUAGAACAGUCCAUGCCUGAUGGCAAAAGCUUCUGAGUAUCCGUCUUGAUUAUUUGGGAUGAACCAUCGACUGUGCUUGGCUCAACAAACUGGGUGCAGCUGUCUUCUGCAGACGUGGCAAUAAACUACAGAUACAAGUAGAGUUGUAAAUCGGGAAUGUUCUUUGAUUACAAUGAUAGGCAGAGGCUUGUUAGCUUUGAAAUUUAUGAAGAGGAGAAUAGAAUAGCUUAAGAAAUAUGCAGCAUUUUUUUUGGGUAUCCAACUACCAUCUAGACAUUGUAUUAAUUUUUUCGGAGUGGUGCUAGGUUUGAGAAUGCCCUUCAGUUAGGUGCACGUAAAUACU